AUGUAUGAUACACUGCAAAAUGACUUUUUACCCAUCGCCCACGCUAAUUCUAAUCGACAUUCCAAAUUUUUUGGAGUCAUCAAGCACACAAAGUUCUUGCACCCUCAAAGUCACAAGGCAUCCAAGGCGCUGGAGUCGAGUAAUUUUCAGGAAGCCAUUGGAUGCCUAACAAAACUCAUAAAGGCCUAUCCCGACAGUUACUCUGCACGAUGCGAUCGAGGAUUCGCGUUAAAAAAAAUAGGGCUCGUGAAGGAUGCGAUAGAAGAUUUUGAUGAUGCCAUUCGUCUUAAUCCCACAAAAUCGCGUGCCUUUAUACUUCGCGGAGAGACUUAUUUUAACUGCGAGAAAUUCGAUCUGGCAAAGGAAGACCUACUUAGAGGUCUACAGAUAGGACCCGACCAAUCGCCGGAUCAGCAUCCGUCAAUACCAAACGCAAAUCGAAUCCUGGGUGAGAUCAUGGUGAUCGAGCAAGAUUAUACUCAGGCACUGCACUAUUUCAACAAAGUACUGGUCUCUUCCCCUCACGACACAGGAACGUUAAGAGCGCGUGGCGAGCUGAACAACCGGUUAGGCUAUUAUUCAGACGCAUUGAGGGAUUUCGACUCACUCCUGGAAAUCGAACCCGAAAACACCGAGGUGUUGGAAUUACGGCUGACAUCACACGGAAAACUUGGAAUGUACGAUAAAGCGUUGACGGAUCUUGGUCUCGUAAUGAGACGCAAAAAGGGUGACCCAAUUCUUUUGAUGAAACGGGGAAAGAUGUUACGUAACCAAAAUCGGUAUAAGGAGGCAUUGUCGAGUUUCGAUGAACUCUUGCAGACCAACUUUCCGGAUGUUGCCAAGAUCCUUAGGAAUCGGGGUCGAGUUUAUGAAGGUUUAUCCCGCUACAAGGAUGCGCUCACCGAUUACAGUGAAGCGAUAAAACUACAAGGUAAAGCGUCAACAUAUCGAAGGCGAGCUAAAAUAUAUCACAUUUUUAAGCAGUACACAGAGACGUUGGAUGACUUGAAUCGAGCGUUGCAGAUGAAUCCAGGAGACAGCAACGCCGAGUCAUUACGUAAUCAAGUUUACACGUUAUUGAAAAAGUAUGAUGAUGCUUUGGAGAAUCUAAACAACUCGCUAAGUGCGAACCCGAUGAAUCUAGCCUCCUUGAUAAGUCGCGGAGAAGUGUAUCGAAAAAAGGAACGCUAUCAAGAAUCACUGAUGGAUCUAAACAAGUCCCUAGAAAUUCAGCCGAAGAAUGUCAUGGCCCUGCUCAACCGAUCUAAGGUCUACCGACAUCUUGAAAAUUACGGGAAUGCGCUAACCGAUUUGGAUAGUGCAAUUAAACUUGAGCCACAAGAUGGACAGUUGCUAAGAAAUCGAGGAAAGGUUAAUAUCAUGUUGAAUAGGUACGAGGAGGCACUGAUAGAUUUAGAUAGAGCGAUUUUCGCCGAUCCGAAAGCGUCGACAUUCAGGCAUCGCGGACGGGCGCGGUUAAUGUUGAACGAACAUGAGAGGGCGCUCGUCGAUUUCGAUGAGUCCCUCAAACUUGAUCCUCAAAAAGUUGAUACAUAUUCCGAUCGUGCAGAGGUUUAUAUAAAUAUGGGAAAAUUUGAUGACGCACUUAAUGAUCUGAGACACGUGUUGGACUUGGACGCGAAUAAUCGUCGGGCAUUAGAUCUCCGAGCGUCGUCGCUUGCAAGCUUGUGCAGGUUUGAAGAGGCAUUGGAAGAUUUGGAUUUGGCCAUACAAUUAAAUCCAAACGACUGUGUCUCACUAAUUAAACGUGCGAAGAUUUAUCAAAAAACAACAAAAUAUCAGAAUUCUCUGAAAGAUUGGAAUGAGGUGUUGAGAAUCUCUCCGAAGAAUGUCGAAGCGUUGAAAAACCGAUCUCAGGUGUUGUUUAAGCUCUGCAGAUACGAAGAGGCUCUCGGGGAUCUCGAUAAUCUCUUGAAGCAGAAUCCAGAUAAUUUCUUUGCACUCUGUGUACGUGCGGAAGUCUACCUAAAGAUCGGAAGGCAUCAAGAUUCACUGAACGAUCUGGACAAAACAAUGACAUUGAGUGGGAACAAAUGUUUCGUGCAUACGAUUCGCGGAGCUGUUUAUUAUGCGAUGGGACGUUCACAGGAUUCCAUGAGCGAUCUCAAUAAGGCGCUUCAAUACGAAAAAUCAAAUCUUUUAAAUUCGUGGUGCAUGUUGAAAGCACUUGUAACUCGAUCCAAAAUAUAUAGGGAUAAAAAACAUUAUCAAUUGGCGAGGGAAGAUCUAAACAAGGUGCUAGAAAUGGAUCCCUUAAACUUUGAAGCAUUGUGCGAGAGAAGCGUGCUUAACAGGGAUACACGCAGCAACCUAAAUGAAGCUUGGCGGGAUUUAGAACUCGGAUUGGGGACUCCGGAAGAGGUUUUUUCUACUGAAUUUUCGGUAAAAGAACUAUUGGUCUUUGAAUCUCGAUCAAUGGUAAACUUACUUUCUGGUGGUAGUGCAAACGGUGAUAUCUCUUCAUCCGGAAGAAAAGUAACUCAUGACUCUGAUACAGCUACCUCCAGCCUUUUCGAACAACAAAAUGAUAUUCGAUUGCAAGAAUUGAAUUCCAAACUUUCGGCUUUGCACAAGAUCACACUCGACAUUCACGAUGAAGCCAAUGAUCAAAUGAAUUUACUUGAUAACACGGGGUAUUCUUCUUAUUUUACUACUUUUGGGGUUACUGGAGGAAUAGUGUUGAUAACGGCGAUGGCGAAAGGACUGAUGUGUGAACGCAUUGCCGAGGAAAUUCGGAGCGAGACCAUAGAAAACAUGAUAUUACAAUAG